AUGCGGAUCUUCGACGAGACCAGCACAAGCGAUGAGGCACUUCCUGUUGACGAACCUGCUAAUGCGGGAGCGCGGCCUCAUAGCGGCGGCGGUGCAUCCGGUUACAUCUUCGACACGGGGCUAGGCACGCAUCUCAACGUAAGCACUGGCGACCCCGGCAAGAUGUUCACCGGGCUCGAGAAGGUCACGCUGCGGAACGCGAGUCGCGCAUGGUACCGGAAGGGGCCGUCGACGACGCUCGUGACGGCGCUGGUCCCGGACAUGGAGGAUCCGCAGCCCGCAUACCUGGUGGACUGCAGCUCCGAAGAGCCGUACGAGUAG